ACCAACAACCCGGACUCUCUCUCUGUCUGCAGCUCAUAUCUCUCUCUGUCUUUCUUUCUUUUAUCUCUUGCUCUCUCUAGCUCUGCCUGUCUGACUGACUGUCUUUCUGUCUAUGAAGCUGUACAGCAGCAUGCCUGUAUGUUUGCCAGCAGCACAAGCAGAAGCACUAUGGAAGUGAAAGAGCGACGUCCAUACUGCUCACUCACCAAGAGCCGCAGGGACAAGGAGGGACCGUACACUGGUUCAUCAGGAGACAGCGAAGACUGUGCUAUUGGCCCCCAGGGACUCCGGGUCCCCACUCAGAAGUCCUACUCCUCCAGCGAAACACUCAAGGCCUUCGACCAGCACCAAGACCAGACCAGGUUGCUGUACGGGACGACAAAGGGAUACAAGGACAUGGUUCACCGUGAGCAGGAUGAUUAUAACAGACAAGGUCAGCAUUUCAGUCUCCGUCAGCUGGGAAUCUGCGAGCCGCCUUCACGUCGAGGCCUGGCGUUCUGCUCCGAGAUGGGCCUCCCCCACCGCGGCUUCUCAGUUGGUACCGCCCAGGACCUAGAUACCGAUAGCCAAGCUGUGAUGUCACCAGAUCGUGCCAUGCGGCUGUGGGGCCGUGGGGGUCUGGGUAAAUCAUCAGGGAGGAGUUCCUGUCUGUCCAGCCGCUCCAACUCAGUGCUGACUCUCACCGACACCGAGCAUGAGAACAAGUCGGACAGCGACAAUGGUUCUCCAAUGCCCUCCCCCUCCUGUCCAUCAUCUGUCAUUGACCAAUCACAUCCACAAUCAGCCAAUCCGCAUGGCAACCAGUUGUUAGGCGACGUGGCUGAGCCAGACUCAGAGGGAGAGGAAGAAGAGGAGGAGGAGGAGGAAGGAGAAGAGGAGUAUGCAGCCAGAUUGUACUUACCUGUAACACAUGAGCAACCAUCCAAUCACCACGGCUCCACCCUGCCUCCAGUACCUCCGCCCCACCGCCAGCAGCCCUCAAUAACAGCGCUUAACCAAUCCCUGGGCUCCACGCACCACGCUGCCCAAUCACUGAAUUCUACGCGUCAGCUAACCCCUCCUACUGGAAGCCCGGCCCCUGUGGCCGGCCAAUCACCAGCCGAGCUGCAGACCACGCCCCCUGAGAGCGUCCCGCUGCAAGACAGCUGGGUGCUGGGUAGCAAUGUGCCUCUGGAAACAAGGCACUUCCUCUUUAAGACAGGUACAGGCACCACCCCCCUCUUUUCCACGGCAACUCCUGGAUACACUAUGGCAACAGGCUCAGUGUACUCCCCACCCACCAGGCCAUUGCCGAGGAAUACCCUGUCCCGCUCUGCCUUCAAGUUCAAGAAAUCCUCCAAGUACUGCUCAUGGAGGUGUACAGCUCUCAGUGCAGUAGGACUAUCUGUACUGCUCUCUGUCCUGCUAUGUUAUUGCAUAGCUAUGCACCUGUUUGGACUAAACUGGCAGCUUCAGGAGAGUGAGGGAUAUGGAGCAUUUGAAAACGGAGGAGGGGGAAGAGAUACAACUCCCAACACCUUUAUGGUGUCUACAGACAAUGGUAAAAUGUUUCUUUUAGAGAACAACACCAUAGACACAGGAGAGGUGGAUGUGGGGAGACGAGCCAUACAAGAUGUCCCACCAGGUGUGUUUUGGAGAUCCCAGCUAUAUAUUGACCAACCACAGUUUUUAAAAUUCAACAUCUCCGUCCAGAAAGAUGCUCUUGUUGGGGUUUAUGGACGCAAAGGCCUACCGCCCUCACACACACAGUACGACUUUGUGGAGCUAUUGGACGGAAGUCGUCUCAUUUCCAAAGACAAACGAGCGCUCAGUGACACGGAUGCAGGACAUGUACGUCCAGCUGGUGCACAGGAAGAGGAGUCUGCAGCACGAGCUCGACACGCGCGCUCGGUGAACCUGCACGAGGCUGGCUUCAUCCAGUACCUGGACACAGGAAUCUGGCAUAUGGCAUUUUACAACGACGGACGCAACACAGAGCAAGUUAUUUACAACACCAUUGUCAUCGGUGAGGCAAAGCCCCAUGACUGUGACAGAGCCAAUGCUGGACCUCUUGUUGAUUGGUGUGAAACGCUAUGUCAUUGUGGGUAUGGGAUUCUAGGGCCGGAGUUGUGUACAUCUGCCUGCCCAGUGCUGUGCAGUGGUAAUGGCCAGUACUCCCGUGGCCGCUGCCAGUGCUACAGCGGCUGGAAAGGCACUGAGUGUGACGUACCAGCCAACCAGUGCAUCGACAUCCACUGUGGAGGACACGGCAUCUGCAUUGUGGGUGCCUGCAUCUGCAAUACUGGUUAUAAGGGUGAUAAUUGUGAGGAAGUGGACUGCAUAGACCCCAGUUGUUCGGCCCAUGGAGUGUGUAUUCAUGGCGAGUGCCACUGUCAGCCAGGCUGGGGCGGAGCCAGUUGUGAGAUUACCAAGGCCAUGUGUCCGGACCAGUGUUCAGGACAUGGCACCUACAACGCAGAGACCAGCACCUGCACCUGCGACCAGAGCUGGACCGGCCCUGACUGCUCUUCAGAGGUGUGUGAAGUGGUCUGUGGCAGCCAUGGCGUCUGUUACGGCGGCGUGUGUCGAUGCGAGGAGGGCUGGACAGGAACUGUGUGUGACCAGAAGGCCUGCCAUCCACUGUGCAGCAAGAAUGGCGUGUGUAAGGAGGGGAAGUGUGAGUGUGACCAAGGAUGGACAGGGGAGCACUGUAAUAUCGCUCACAAUCCGGACAUUAGAGUAAAAGGAUAUAAAGAGGGUUGUCCAGGUCUCUGCAACAACAACGGAAGAUGCACUCUGGAGGCCAGCGGCUGGCACUGCAUCUGCCAAUCAGGAUGGAGAGGGGCCGGUUGUCACGUAGCCAUGGAAACACUCUGUACCGAUGGCAAGGACAAUGAAGGAGAUGGCUUGGCUGACUGUAUGGAUCCAGACUGCUGUCUGCAGCCCUCCUGUCAGAACCAGUUAUACUGCAAAGGGUCACCUGACCCGGCAGAGGUGCUCAGCCAGUCUCCGUCCUUAUUGGCCCCCCAGCAAGCUGCCAGGUCUUUCUACCAGCGAAUUCACUUCCUACUUGGUCCUGAAUCCACUCAUGUCAUCACUGGUGACAGUCCAUUUAAUAAAAGCUUGGUGUCCAUAAUUCGAGGUCAGGUGUUGACAGCGGACGGGACACCUCUGAUUGGAGUCAACGUGACAUUUGUCGACUAUGCUGAACACGGAAACACUGUAACACGCGAGGAUGGCAUGUUCGAUCUCCUGGCCAAUGGCGGGGCAUCCUUAACAUUGAGUUUUGAGCGUGCUCCGUUCCUCACUCAGUACAGAACUGUGUGGGUGCCAUGGAACGUCUUCUAUGUGAUGGACACAAUGGUUAUGAAGAAGGAGGAGAAUGACAUUCCUAGCUGUGACCUGAGUGGUUUCAUCAGACCCAGUCCGGUCAUUGUUGCCUCUCCUCUGUCUACGUUUUACAAAGCUUCAACCGAGGAUGGACCCAUCAUACCUGAAACAGAGGUUUUACAAGAAGAAACCUCAAUACCAGGCAGCGAUCUAAAUCUCAUCUACCUGAGCUCCAGAGCUGCGGGAUACAAACCGGUCCUCAAAGUUGCCAUGACACAGUCAUCCAUACCUUUUAACCUGAUGAAGGUUCACCUGAUGGUGGCGGUGGUGGGUCGCCUUUUCCAGAAAUGGUUCCCUGCCCAGCCAAAUCUAUCCUACACCUUUAUCUGGGACAAGACAGACGCCUAUGGCCAACGCGUCUAUGGACUAUCUGAGGCAGUUGUGUCGGUGGGGUUUGAAUACGAGUCCUGCCUGGACCUGAUCCUGUGGGAGAAGAGAACGGCCACUCUGCAAGGCUACGAGCUGGAUGCUUCCAACAUGGGCGGAUGGACACUGGAUAAACAUCACAUCCUGGAUGUACAAAAUGGUAUACUGUACAAGGGCAAUGGUGAGAACAUUUUCAUUUCCCAGCAGCCCCCUGUCAUCAGCAGCAUCAUGGGAAACGGACGUCGCCGCAGCAUCUCCUGUCCCAGCUGUAAUGGGCAGGCGGAGGGCAACAAACUGCUGGCGCCCCUGGCUCUGGCCUGCGGAGCAGAUGGCAGCAUCUUUGUUGGAGACUUCAACUACAUCAGGAGGAUCUUCCCCUCUGGGAAUGUGACCAGUGUCAUGGAGCUGAGAAACAAAGAUUUCAGACAUAGCAACAACCCUGCUCACCGUUACUAUCUAGCCACCGACCCAGUCACAGGGCAGCUGUAUGUGUCGGACACUAACUCUCGACGAAUCUACCGACCCAAGAUGCUCAUCGGUGCCCGUGACCUCAUCAGUAAUGGAGAAGUUGUGGCCGGUACAGGGGAACAAUGUCCUCCAUUUGAUGAAGCCCGAUGUGGAGAUGGAAGAAAAGCUACAGAGGCACAGCUACUGGGACCUAAAGGAAUUGCAGUUGAUAGAAAUGGGUUGAUCUACUUUGUGGAUGGGACUAUGAUCAGGAAAGUGGAUCGUAAUGGAAUCAUCUCUACAGUGCUGGGCAGCAACGACCUAACCUCUGCACGGCCUUUGACCUGUGAUACCAGCAUGCACAUAAGACAGGUUCGUUUAGAAUGGCCCACAGAUCUAGCCAUCAAUCCCAUGGAUAACUCCAUCUACGUCCUGGACAACAACGUUGUGCUGCAGAUCACUGAAAAUAGACAGGUUCGUAUCGUGGCAGGUCGUCCCAUGCACUGCCAGGUCCCUGGUAUAGAAUAUACUAUGGGGAAGAGAGCGGUCCAGACCAUGCUGGAGGGAGCUACAGCCAUCGCCUUGUCUUACAGCGGCGUCCUCUACAUCGCAGAGACGGAUGAGAAGAAAAUCCACCGCAUUCGACAGGUAUCGACAGAUGGAGAAAUUACCCAUCUUGCUGGAGCGCCGUCUGACUGUGACUGCAAGAACGAUGCCAACUGUGACUGCUAUCAAACAGGAGAUGGCUACGCUAAAGAUGCAAGGCUUAAUUGCCCUUCCUCUUUAGUGGUGUCUCCGGAUGGGACACUGUAUAUGGCUGAUCUGGGAAACAUCCGGAUUCGAGCCAUACGAUGUAACCAACCCCCUACUGGCUCCCUGGCUUCAGGUCCCAGCUCCUAUGAAGUGGCCUCUCCAGCCUCUCAGGAGCUCUAUGUGUUCGAUGGGAACGGGACUCAUCAGUUCACCAUGUCUCUGGUCACUGGAGACUACAAAUACAACUUCAGCUACAGCAAUGAGGAGGAUGUAACCGCGGUGACAGACAGCAGCGGGAACACCCUCCGCAUCCGUAGAGAUACCAACAGGUUGCCUGUACGAGUGGUUGCUCCAGACAAUCAGGUCAUCUGGCUAACCAUCGGGACUAAUGGAGGUCUGAAGAGUCUCACAGCUCAGGGUCAGGAACUGGUCCUGUUCAGUUACCAUGGCAACAGUGGUUUGCUGGCUACCAAGAGCAUCCAAAUAGGCUGGACCACCUUCUAUGACUAUGACAGCGAAGGUCGUCUGACCAAUGUGACCUUCCCCACCGGCGUGGUGACCAAUCUCCACGGCGACAUGUCGUCAGGGGCUGUUGCUGUAGACAUUGAGACAUCAGGGAGAGAUGAGGACGUUUCCAUCACAACCAACCUUUCAUCAAUAGACUCCUUCUACACUCUGGUGCAAGACCAGCUUCGUAACAGCUACCAGGUGGGUAAUGACCAUUCACUGAGGGUUAUCUAUGCCAAUGGGAUGGACACACACUACCAGACAGAGCCCCAUAUACUGGCAGGUGCUGCUAACCCAACUGUGGCCCGACGCAACAUGUCACUGCCAGGAGAGAAUGGCCAAAACCUGGUGGAGUGGAGGUUCAGGAAGGAACAGACACGUGGAAAAGUCAUUGUCUUUGGUAGAAAGCUCAGGGUGAAUGGUAGGAACUUACUGUCUGUGGAUUACGAUCGUUCGCUGCGAACAGAGAAGAUUUAUGAUGACCACAGGAAGUUCCUGCUGAAGAUUAUCUAUGACACGCAGGGCCAUCCCACACUCUGGGUUCCCAGCAGCAAGCUACUGUCAGUGAACUUGACAUACUCCAGUACUGGCCAGGUGACAGGCCUCCAGAGGGGUCCAACCACAGAGAGGUGGGAGUACGACAGUCAGGGAAGAAUCAUCUCUCGAGUCUUUGCUGACGGAAAGACGUGGAGCUACACUUACUUGGAUAAGUCCAUGGUCUUGCUGCUGCACAGCCAGCACCAGUACAUCUUUGACUAUGACUCUGGGGACCGUCUGUCCGCGGUCACCAUGCCCAGCGUUGCUCGGCACACCAUGCAGACUAUCAGAUCCAUAGGAUACUACAGGAACAUCUACACCCCCCCGGAGAGCAACGCCUCUGUUACUGUGGACUACUCUGAAGAUGGACAGCUCCUCAGAGUUGCCCAUCUAGGGACUGGCCGCUGUAUACUGUACAAAUAUCGCAGACAGAACAAGCUGGCAGAGAUCCUCUAUGACUCAACGCGGGUCAGUUUCACGUAUGAUGAGACGGCUGGUGUGCUUAAGACGGUCAACCUGCAGAGUGAAGGCUUCAUCUGCUCAAUCAGGUAUCGCCAGAUCGGCCCUCUGGUUGACCGGCAGAUAUUUCGCUUCAGUGAGGACGGGAUGGUGAAUGCACGCUUUGACUACACCUACGACAACAGCUUCAGAGUCACCAGCAUGCAGGCUGUCAUCAACGAGACACCGCUGCCAAUCGAUCUCUAUCAGUUUGAUGAUAUAUCUGGGAAGGUGGAGCAGUUUGGGAAAUUUGGAGUCAUCUAUUAUGAUAUCAAUCAGAUCAUCUCUACAGCCGUGAUGACCUACACCAAACACUUCGACCAGCAUGGCCGCAUCAAGGAGAUCCAGUACGAGAUCUUCAGGUCUCUGAUGUACUGGAUCACCAUUCAGUACGACAACAUGGGCCGAGUCACCAAGCGGGAGAUCAAGAUUGGACCAUUCGCCAACACGACUAAAUAUGGUUACGAAUAUGACGUUGAUGGGCAGCUGCAGACUGUCUCCCUCAAUGAGAAGAUGAUGUGGAGGUAUAAUUAUGACCUGAAUGGGAACCUGCAUUUGCUGAACCCUGGCAACAGUGGUCGGUUAACCCCUCUACGCUAUGAUCUGAGGGACAGAAUCACUCGUCUGGGAGAUGUUCAGUACAGGCUGGAUGAAGACGGAUUCCUGAGACAGAGGGGAGCUGAGAUAUUUGAAUACAACUCCAAAGGUCUUUUAGUUCGUGUCUACAGUAAAGCGGCCAGCUGGACCAUCCAGUACCGUUACGAUGGUUUGGGUCGGCGUGUUGCAUCUAGAAACAGUCUGGGCCAACACUUGCAGUUCUUCUAUGCUGACCUGAACUACCCCACCAGGAUCACCCACGUCUAUAAUCACUCCAGUUCCGAGAUCACGUCCUUUUACUACGAUCUCCAGGGCCAUGUGUUUGCUAUGGAGAUUAGCAGUGGAGAGGAGUUUUAUAUUGCAUGUGAUAACACUGGGACCCCACUGGCUGUCUUCAGCAACAAUGGACUAUUGCUUAAACAGGUACAGUACACGGCAUAUGGCGAGGUUUACUUUGAUUCCAACCCAGACUUUGUGCUGGUAAUUGGUUUCCAUGGAGGCCUGUAUGAUCCUCUGACACGACUGCUGCAUUUUGGAGACAGAGACUACGACAUCCCCGCUGGAAGGUGGACCACUCCUGACAUCAGUACAUGGACACAUGUUGGUAAAGACCCCCAUCCCUUCAACCUCUACAUGUUCCGAGGUAACAACCCCAUCAGCAAGAUUCAUCAGGUCAAAGAAUAUGUCACAGAUAUCAACAUCUGGUUGGUCACAUUUGGCUUUCAUCUCCACAACGCGAUCCCAGGAUUCCCCAUUCCCAAGUUUGACCUGACGCAGCCGUCACUGGAGAUGAAAAAGAGCCAGCUGUGGGAUGACCUGCCUUCCAUCUCAGGUGUCCAGCAGGAGGUGACUCGUCAGUCUCGGGCCUUCCUGUCCUUUGAGCGCAUGCCAGAAAUCCAGCUCAGCCGGCGACAUUCAGACCACACCAAACCCUGGCUGUGGUUUGCCACCGUCAAGUCUCUGAUUGGCAAGGGAGUGAUGCUCGCUGUGAUCCAAGGCCGCGUGGUGACCAACGCUCUCAAUAUUGCCAAUGAGGACUGCAUCAAAGUGGCCGCAGUCCUAAACAACGCCUUUUACCUCGAAGACCUACAUUAUACAGUGGAGGGACGAGACACGCACUACUUCAUCAAGACCAGCCUGCCUGAGAACGACCUCAGCGCGCUGCGGCUCACCUCUGGCAGAAAAUCCCUGGAAAACGGUGUGAAUGUCACAGUGUCCCAGUCUACAACGGUGAUGAACGGGCGAACUCGGCGCUUUGCUGAUGUGGAGCUGCAGUACGGCGCUCUGGCACUUCACGUGCGUUACGGGACGACGCUGGAUGAGGAGAAAGCGCGAAUCCUGGAGCAUGCAAGGCAAAGGGCGCUGGCGAGCGCAUGGGCCCGCGAACAGCAGCGGGUGAGAGACGGGGAGGAAGGAGUUCGGCUGUGGACGGAGGGAGAGAAAAGGCAGCUACUGAGCAGCGGGAAGGUUUUGGGUUUCGAUGGCUACUACGUCUUGUCCAUAGAGCAGUAUCCCGAGCUAGCCGACAGCGCUAACAACAUGCAGUUCCUAAGGCAGAGUGAGAUAGGGAGGAGGUAACACGGAAUCAACAACACCUAAUUUCUAUAAUGUGACUGUCAAAGACUAACAAAAAGUUCAGUUUAACACAAAAUGGAUGUCACAGACUGUCUUGAGACUCAAACGUAGCCACUGAAGAGACCCCGUUUUUGCAAAUUUAGUUUUAACUCUGAGGAUGGUGAAGUAGGAUUUGCAGUGGACAGUCAUUUAAACUCAAAUGACCCAAAACAUUAUGAAACUACAGUUGUGAUAUGAGCCUGCAAGAAGGUUCCGUCGUUUGACCAAUGCCUUCUCUCUCUCUUUCUUUUUCUAUCUAAAUUUUCUUUCUUUUGCCCUGUCGUCUGCCUUUAAACAGCCUGCACGCAUGCCCCUCCCCCUCUCUCUGGUAGACGGGGCUAACCUGAGUGCUAUAAUCGUGUGCUAUCUAGCUGUGAAACAGUGGGAUGUAAAGACUUGUUGAAGUAGCCAACUGAGCAUUUCAGCAGCCAUCACAACUAGACGAGCUCCCUAGCAUUUAGACAGUUGUAAACUGUCAGAGCAGUCAAUAUAAGAAAUGUCUGUGGAUCCCUCACAGAUGAUGCCGGUAUCAUAUCUGUGUGGGUCCGGGUGUGACCCGUCGCUCCGGGUUAUAGGCCUCGAUGAGCCAUGUCUAUAGACUCUAUUGUUUCCAUGGCUGAAGGAACUGGAACUCUUGUGGACUCUCUCUAAGAGAGACAGCCACAAAAAAGGACUACAAUUUGUAUGAAUGAGGGGAAUAAAAAAAGACUAAUUUUCUGUUUGAAUUUUUGUUUUGUUUUUAUAUAUAAACUUGCAUUUGCUUCAGACAAAAAGGGGAUAUAAAAAAAUGAACAAAAAAAAACGUUUACAUACUAUUUACCUAUACCACUAUUACUACUAUUACUACGCCACCACCGCCACCACCACCAGAAUGAACUAAACAAAACUUUGAGUUGUGUUUUUUGUUUCCUUCUUCUCUAUUAUAUGUUUGGUCAGUUCUGAAACACUCCUUCUCAUCCCCUGUCCUUUUACAAGGUCUAUAAAAAUUGUACAGUUUCAGACUACAAUCAACAGCGGUCUGUGAGGAAACAAGGCGGCCAUGGAGCCACGUCUGUUUCUGAUUCUUUAUGGACCGAGUGGGCUCACCGGUCCUGUAAAACACUGGUCCCCUGUCAGCCCUGGAGUCCUUCACUUCUGCAAAAUGUGACUCUGCCUCAUAAUGCAUAGACCUUGUGCUUUUAUCGGUCAAAGGUAGUAGUAUUGCUUGCAAUAGAAACAUGUUGUCAUGGCUUUGGGGGGGGCAGGGUUGCUGUGAGUAGUAACUAAUCGUUGCUUCUCGCCUUGUUUUUUGCUUGUUUCUCCUUAAAGGGACAGUGCAUCGCCAUCAGUGACUUUAAUGGGUAACAGUAAUAGAUCAAAAAUCGAUGUGGAUGUUUUUCUCAUUGAUUGUGGGUCUCUGUACUCUUAUAGAGGAGUGUUCUUUGUGUGUAUGUGUGUUUACAAGGUUGGAAAGGUAUCUUUAAUCAUUUAAAAGGAAAGAACAGGAACUUCACAGAGUGUUAACAUCAUAUGCUACCAAUCUUUUUUCAGAGUUGACAAUGUUUUAUGGGUUGAUCUUUUUUAUUUUGAAGGUCGAGAAAUUCCACUAUCCGUACAUCAAUAUUAGUCUCAGAGAAAGUAAUUUAUGUACAGUGUUUCUACGGUAAAAAAAUAAAAAAUACCUUGAAAAUAU